CGGAGGUCUGGAGGAUGGGGGGUCGGGGUGGGGAUCAGGGCCGAUAUGUCCAAAGUUCCGCCGUUGAAGGACAGGGUCCCCGAAGUUCCAGAGCUGGGGUUGAGGAGCAGAGUGGGGAGGACCCCGAAGUCCCGGCCCCGGGGUUGGGCGGAGGCGCGGGAUACGGGAAGUUGAAGAGUCGGGCGGCUCAUCCUGAAGUUGUGGCACGCGGCGCCCUCGGGCCGCGGCGGGGGGCGCACCCCUCGUGGAGCUCGGGGCCCUGGCUGGAGCGCCUAGGUCCCGGCCACUCGGAGUGUCGCACCCCAGCCCCACGCCCUCCGCCGCGCGUGACUCGCCGAGUUGGGCCCAGACCCGCUGCUCUCGCCACCCUCGGUCCAGCCACCCAGCCCAGCCUGACCAAUGUCCACAGCCAGGGAGCAGCCAAUCUUCAGCACACGGGCACACGUGUUCCAGAUCGACCCGGCCACCAAGAGGAACUGGAUCCCUGCGGGCAAGCACGCCCUCACCGUCUCCUAUUUCUACGAUGCCACCCGCAACGUCUACCGCAUCAUCAGCAUUGGGGGUGCCAAGGCCAUCAUCAACAGUACUGUCACCCCCAACAUGACCUUCACCAAAACCUCCCAGAAGUUCGGGCAAUGGGCAGACAGCCGAGCCAACACCGUCUAUGGCCUUGGCUUCGCUUCUGAACAGCAUCUGACCCAGUUUGCUGAGAAGUUCCAGGAAGUCAAGGAGGCGGCGCGGUUGGCCCGCGAGAAAUCUCAGGAUGGAGGGGAGCUCAGCAGCCCAGCCCUGGGGCUCAUGUCCCACCAGGUGCCCCCGAGCCCCCUGGUCAGCGCCAACGGCCCGGGAGAAGAGAAGCUGUUCCGCAGCCAGAGCGCCGACGUCCCCGGCCCCACCGAGCGCGAGCGGCUUAAGAAGAUGCUGUCCGAGGGCUCGGUGGGCGAGGUGCAGUGGGAGGCGGAGUUCUUCGCACUGCAGGACAGCAACAAUAAACUGGCGGACGCCCUGCGAGAGGCUAACGCCGCGGCCACCCAGUGGCGGCAGCAGGUGGAGGCCCAGCGUGCAGAGGCUGAAAGACUUCGGCAGCGGGUAGCAGAGCUGGAGGCACAGGUGGCUGCAGAGCCGGCCCCUGCUGUGGAGAAGGAGGCACCUGGCCCACCGCUGGAGAAGCUGGAGGCGCUGGUGAGGACCAAGGACCAGGAGAUCCAGACAUUGAAGAACCUGACUGGGGGACCCCGGGAGGCCCUGGAUGCCGCUGAGCUCGAGGAGACGGAGCAGAAGGUGCAGGACCUGGAAGUGCGGAACACGGAGCUGGAGCACCAGCUUCGGGCCACCGAGCGCAGCCUGGAGGAGGUGCGGGCAGAGCGGGAGCGAGCUCGGGCCGAGGUGGGCCGGGCAGCGCAGCUGUUGGAUGUGCGGCUCUUCGAACUCAGUGAGCUGCGUGAAGGGCUAGCCCGGCUGGCAGAGGCCUCACCCUGAGCCAGUGCCAGGCCCGAGCAGGGCCCUCCGGGCUGGUCCUGCAGGAAUGGGCCCUGCUGGCCGUGGUGACAGGACCAACCCAGCUGGCCCGUGCUCAGCUUCUCUGUAGACUCUAGGAUCCCGGGUGCCUGCCGCGCCCAUAUUACAUUUCUUAAGCCUGGCUGUAUGUGUGGUGUGGCGCCUGAACUGUCGACGCCCCUUUUCUGCCUUUUUUUUGUUUUUUAAGAUGGCUUCUCAGUAUGCAGUCCAGGCUGGCCUCGAACUUGCCGUGAUCCUGCCUCAGCCUGACAGAACCCCCCCCCCCCCCCCGCCCCGGGCUAUAGGCCAGCAGGGAAGCUCCCAGCAUCCAGCCAAGCUCACUGGCCUGGGCCAGCAGCAACCCAACCUCACAGCUGGAGAACAGUGCGGCUGCAAGCCCUGUCUGGAUGGGGAAGUUGAGGACCUGAGGAGGGGCUGAACCCCAAGGCCUCGGGGCUGGAGUGGCCA